AUUGGCACAAAGCAGUGGAGAUACUAUGAUUUUGGUCCAAAAGUUGUUCCUCCACUCAUUUGUCUCCCUGGAACAGCAGGGACAGCAGAUGUCUACUACAAGCAGAUAAUGUCAUUGUCCAUGAAGAAGAAAUCAUUGGGAAGCUGACAUUUUGGCAUCAAUGUUUUAUGGUCGAAUCUUUUCUGGGAAGCUGUAGUUGGUUACACAUUUGAUAAAUAUGAUCUUCAUAGUAUGGGUUUGAUAGGACACCUCUCUUUCUAUCUUCAUGAAUAAAGGAGAUUUUUUCUAGGUUAUUAAUCUGUCCAUCUCUGUUCAUGCAUUUCUUUCCUAAAUAUUGCUUUGUCGAUCAUUUCUUUGACAAUUCAUAGGUACCUCAAGGUGUAGGUAUGUUUCCGAAAUUUCGGCACCCUAUUUUGUGCACAAUACAAGCAAAAACUGUGAGCCCAGUUGUUGUUUUGUAUAGAUAUUUUCAUAUAGAAUCAGAACUGGGUCCUAAGUCUUUAAACCCAACUCCAGCUUUAGCACCAAAAACUACAAAGAACAAUGUUGCAAUUUUUUGGGAUUUGGAUAACAAGCCUCCAAGUUCAUUUUCUCCUUAUGAUGCUGCUGUUAAGCUCAAAAGAGCUUCAUCUUCGUUUGGGGUUGUAAGGCACAUGGUUGCCUAUGCUAAUCCUCAGACUUUUAGUUAUGUGCCGCAAGUUGUUAGGGAGCAAAGAAAAGAUAGAAGACUAUUGAAUCAAUUGGAAAAUAAUGGUGUGAUUAAGCCAGUUGAACCAUACUUGUGUCGCAUUUGUGGGAGGAGAUUUUAUACAAAUGAGAAAUUUAUAAAUCAUUUUAAGCAAAUUCAUGAGCGAGAACACCAGAAGAGGAUGAAUCAAAUAGAAUCUGCAAGAGGGAAGCGGAGGGUGCAGUUGGUGGCCAAGUAUUCAAUGAAGAUGGAGAAGUAUAAGAAUGUAUCGAGGGACAUUCUGACUCCCAAAGUUGGUUAUUGUUUAGGGGAUGAAUUGAAAAGGGCAGGGUUCUGGAUUAGAACCGUUUCUGCUAAGCCACAGGCGGCAGAUGUUGCAUUAAGGGAUCACAUGGCGGAUGUGAUGGACAAGAGGAGAGCAGACUGCUUGGUGCUUGUGUCUGAUGAUUCAGAUUUUGUGGGUGUUCUAAAAGAGGCCAAGUUGAGGUGUGUGAAGACAGUUGUUGUGGGGGAUGUCAAUGAUGGGGCUUUAAAAAGGAUUGCAGAUACUGCAUUUUCUUGGAGAGAAAUCCUGAUGGGAAAGGCUCAGAAGGAGGCAGUUUCAGUUGUUGGGCGCUGGAAGGAUCGUGAUGUUUUGAAAAGGCUGGAGUGGAAAUACAAUCCAGAAGUGGAGAAAAAAGUGCAUUGUUUAGAUAAUGAAUUUGAUGAUGAUAAUGAGGAUCAAAAUCUUAGUGGUAUUUUUAAUGGGGCCAAUGCUGAUCAUGGACAAACGGAGGAUGUUGGUGCUUGGUGGGAGUUGGAUUCUGAUGCCUGAUUUCACUUCUUCCAAUGUUUGAGCUGAGCUGUAAAAGCAGAGUUAUUAUUCCUACUGGGUUACCGGGUGAUUUCUGUUGAUAUUCCGCGUGUUUGGAACCAUCAUGAGUGGAUUCAAGCAUUUGAAAAGUUCCUGGAUGCUAUUGAUGUUCAUCACAUACAUCUUUAUGGUACAUCCCUUGGAGGAUUCCUUGCACAGC